AUGUGGGUGCUGGCACUAAGUGUGGCUUUCCUGGAGGCUGCCCAGGCCUGUCUCUUCUGCCGCCUCCCAGCGCAUGGCUUGUCGGGCCGCCUGGCUCGGCUCUGCAGCCAGAUAGAGGCCCAGUGGGAGGACUGUGAGGCCUCCUGGAACUUCUCCACCUUUGCCUUAGAUGAGGAGUCCAUGAACAAGGUCACGGAGAAGACUCACAGGGUCCUGAGGGUCAUGGAGAUCAAAAGGUCUUUCUCCUCGCUCCCUCUAUACUGGCAAUGGCUUCAGAAGACCAAGUUUCCUGAGUACAACAGGGAAGCUCUCUGCAGUCCCGCCUGCUGGGGCAGCACCGUCCUGUACAACUGCUCCACCUGCGAGGGCUUUGAGGUGCUCUGCUGGCCCCAAAGGCGCUGCUUCCCAGGUCCUCAUUCACGAUCUUCGGGAAGCCAGGAUUCUGCUCCUCUGUGUCUUUGGAACUAUCCUGCUCCUGGGCGUCCUGAGCCUUGUGGUGGAAAGCGACUCCUGGCCCUCCUGUGA